AUGCUGCAAAUAUUAAGUGGUACGCGGAAGAUUAGAGUCAGAAGAAAACGACGUUAUCUCAGUUGUCAACCCAAUACAUCACCGGCGACGACGAAAGUCGAUUUUCCAACUGGAUUUCGCAAGUGUCCAUACGCGCAGGUCAACGUCGAGAACCAACGCCCACGCCUAGAUAAGAUUGAACUACAACGACGUGACAAGGAAGACCAAGCCAUGGAGGAUCAAGAAUCAAAUGUUCGUCAUCAGUCGAAUAAACGAAUGGACGUCAUGGAUCUCAUCAAACUGGCGUCGGGCGAGGAGAGUGACCGAAGACUGUCGUCAGUUGACGAGAACAACAGUGUCCUCGAUUCUGGUGAUGCUACUGGCUCUAACUCCAUUAUUGAUUGCAACAAUUCGGAUACAGUUGACGUUUUUCAAGAUGCAAUAGGUGUAACACCGAGCAUAUCUUCAGAGUCCAGUGCCCUACUAAGUUGUGGUUCCAGCAAGCUUCAUAUACAGCGAUAUCAUGAAUGGACGUCAUGGAUCUCAUCAAACUGGCGUCGGGCGAGGAGAGUGACCGAAGACUGUCGUCAGUUGACGAGAACAACAGUGUCCUCGAUUCUGGUGAUGCUACUGGCUCUAACUCCAUUAUUGAUUGCAACAAUUCGGAUACAGUUGACGUUUUUCAAGGAGUAA